AUGCUAAGAUUCAAUGCCACUCAAUGGUUCCUCGAGGCACUAGAUCGAAUGUCUAAAUACUACGGCAACAAGCCUUGGCAACCGGAAUGGGAGCUCCUAGAGGCCGCCAUUCGUUUCCAAAAUCAUCAUGUGAUCAAUCGAUUGAUUGGCAACGACGUCAACAACAUGGUCAUCAUGCCCUUGCCAUACGAGAUGAACUUAUUGGACUUGUGCAGUAUAGUUCGUUAUGGCGAUGUUGAUCUAAUCCAAAGAUUUAUCGAUGUGAAUGCCCAUCGAUCAAUCUCAUGCUUCACACUGGCAGUGUUGGUCGUGGCCAUUGACAAUGGCGAUGUACAAAUGGUUCGACUACUCUUUAAGCACAUUGACUUCAAGCCCGAACUAUACUCGUCCGCUCCCAAGUUUGUCAAGUGCCUGAAUAGCGGCGGCGGUAUCACAGUGUCCAUGCUAAAGAUACUCAACGAGGAGUACAAAUGUCUGUUUAGAUGUAGACUUUGGUCCAAAGUAUUGCGACUGGUGACACGCUUAAACAUGACGGACAGUGUAAAGUACAUCAUGGACAACAUCACCCUGACAUCAAUGUCACCCGAAUUGAUUGUCAAGCCUUAUCAAUCAUGUUUGAAGACCGCGGCCAAGCUUGGCCACAUCGAUGUGUUCAACUUGCUGGCCAACUCAAUCCAUGGAUUCGAGUAUGUUCUCAGCAAGGAGUUCAAAGAUGUCAUCAAUAUUGCCGCUGAUCAUGGUCAAGAGUCACUAAUCAAAUAUAUUUACACUCAUUUCAUCGGUGUUGGAAUGAUUGAUAAGAGCUCCGAAGAUCUGGUUCGUAUCCUGCUGAAUGUGCCUGCAUGCAUCCAACACAAGAACUGGCUUAUUGAGUUGGCAGGCCUGCGUAUGACAAUCCCAUACGCCAUCCGCAGUAACGAUCUUGUCAGUCUCGAGUCACUAAUUCAAUCGUCAGAUCCAUUUCAAACAAUUGAUCUUCAACCAGACAUGAUUCAAAACAUGUCCAGGGCCAUGGCGACAUACCUAGCAAGUCCGCGCACAUGUCCAACUCAAUUUCCACUCCUAUUCACAUGGACAUCACUCGACAACUUGGUCAGUUACAUUGCCCAAUGCCACUCCAGGAUCAUCACAGUUGACCUGAUGCUCAUGUUCAUUGGCAACUGCUACUUUGACAUACCGCCUGAUCAAGAGGAGGAGGGGGAUGGCACCUCAGGCACACUCAGAACAGCGGCGGGUAUAUCAGGACCUUUGAUGAAUGCCAUACACAGAACAUUUGGUGUCGACUAUCAUGAUGGUUGUUUUACCGAGGCAUUGUAUCCCCCAAACAUCGACUCACUCCGAAUACUCUUUGAUGAGUUUGUUGAACUGCACAACUACUGGGACCUGUUGUACAAUGACGAUGGUCCAUCAUACAGUGUUCAAAGCGUCCUUUACAGCGGAUCAUUGGACGCAGUGGACUUGCUCCUGAGACAAUUGAUCAAGUUGUCCAACGAGGAUGAAAUAUACUGGGUAUCACGCAAUACAUUGGAAGUGUUUAAACAUGUGAUGGAACUAUACAUGGACAACGAUGCACCAAUAUCCGAGCGGAAAGACUAUCAAUCAAUGAUUGAAUAUGCAUUCAUCCAUGACCGAGUGGAAGUUGUCCAAUAUCUAGUUGAAUCUGCACAGGCGCUGGGAUAUAGCACCAUACACAAUCAUUGUGCCUCACUAAUCCACUCUAUUCAAUCAUCAAUCCUUCCAGUGAGUCCACUCCCCAGUCGCAUCACCAAGAUUGGAAACAUCUUUCCACCUUGUGUUCAGGGACAAGGUGUUGUGUAG